AUGCAAAUAGUAUGGAUCGAUAGAUUUGGACCACCAAUACCAACUGCCGAAAAAGAAGAUGAUCUUAUCGAAGAAGAUGAAGAAGCAUCUAUUUUUCUCGGCAACUCAGCCUGUGAUGAUGAUGAUAAUAAAUUUGGUUAUAAUAAUGGAAAUGAAUUUUUUGAUUAUGGUGUUCAACAUGAUGGUAAUUAUUAUAAUCAUAAUGAAUAUAGUGAUGAUAGCGCAAAUGGCCUUCAUUGUAAUAAUACUAAUGAAUUUGGUUAUGAUAAUCAAAAUCAAAAUACUUUUAGUAAUAAUAAUAAUCAAAAUCAAAAUGAAUUUGAUUUCAAUGAAAAUGAAAAUACAGAUCAUCUUCACCAUGAAUGGAAUAUUGUCAACGAAAAAGAAGGUUUAGUUGAUGCUGAUUCACAUAGCAAUGAUAUUGAAUGGGUUAUUAUUGAUUGA